AAACUACUUCCGGUUGUGUAUUUUCAAAAUAAAGGUGUUGUUUAUGUAUGAGAGAGGUUGUCACUUGUGCAGUAACGAAUAUUUAUGUUUUAAUAGCAGGACCUACAGACUGGACAGUUUAUCUGUAACGUCGGCCCUUGAUAAAACGGAGCCAGUUGUGGACUCCUCGUACAUUGCUGCUGUGUAUGAGCACAAUGUAAUCCUGAACCCGGACCCUCGGGUCCCCUUGUCCCGCCCCGCCGCCCUGCAGCACAUGCAACAAAACCUGGAUAUCUACGAGGAGCAGGCUGCCAGAGCCGCUCAGCAGGGUGUCCAAAUCCUGGUGUUCCCAGAAGAUGGCAUUCAGGGUUUCAACUUCAGCCGGUCGUCCAUCUUUAACUACCUGGAAACCAUCCCUGACCCCCAGCAGCAGAGCUGGAACCCCUGCACAGAACCGGGGAAAUACAACAAAACUGAGGUUCUCCAGAGGUUGAGCUGUAUGGCCCGUCGUUACAACCUCUACCUGGUGGCUAACAUGGGCGACCUGCAGCCCUGCCCCCUGCAGACUGACCCCUCCUCCUCUUGUCCCUCUGAUGGACGCUGGCAGUUCAACACCAACGUGGUUUUCAGGUCAGAUGGCCUGCUGGUGGGGCGCUACCAUAAGCACAACCUUUACUUUGAGGCAGCUUUUGAUGACCCCCCGCAACCUGAGAUCAUAACGUUUGAUACACCUUUUGCUGGGAGGUUUGGUCUCAUCACCUGUUUUGACAUCCUGUUCCACAAGCCUACAGUUAACCUAGUGAUGAUGGGUGUGCGUCAGCUGAUCUUUCCCACAGCCUGGAUGAACCAGCUUCCUCUAUUGGACACAAUCCAGUUCCAGCAAGCCUUUAGUUUAGGCGCCAAUGUCACCCUGCUCGCUGCAAACAUUCGCAACGAUCAACUGAUCAUGACAGGAAGUGGCAUCUAUACUCCUUUCUCUGCAAAUUCCCACCAUGCCCAAAAAGGAGACCCAGAGGAAGGCAAGCUGCUCGUGGCCAGGCUGCCAGUCUUAAACCCACUGUGGGCGAGGCAGAGUGUGAUAGAGGGGUCUACAGCUACAGACUCUGGGUUCUGUCACAAGGAGAGCUGUUUGGAUUUUCCUGCUCCUGAAACCUCUUCUUCAGUUCCUCCUUCUGACUCUUCUGACUCUUCUGACUCUUCCAAGUCCACCUUCAUCUCAUCCAUGAUGCACGACCCAUUUACAUUUGUCCUCUUGAAGGAGACAGAGGGCAAAGUAAAUGUGUGUAGUGGCACAUUUUGCUGCCACCUGCAGUACCGACUGAUUCCACAAGGCAGUAAAGAGCUCUACGCAUUGGGAGCAUUUGAUGGAACACACACUGUGAAUGGGCGCUACGCUGUGCAGGUGUGUGCUCUCGUCCGCUGUGCAGGGUUGGACGCCGGUUCCUGUGGACAGGAAGUAGAAGAAGCUGAGUCCAGAAUAGACUUCCAGUUGGAGGGGAGGUUUGGGACCAUAUAUGUGUACCCAUCAGUUUUGGCCAGCAAGUUUGUCCUUGAGCAGCCAGAGCAUCUGGAAACAGCUGCAGAUGGCAGUGUGACCAUGAAACACUCAGACAUGAGCAGUGGGCUGGUCACUGCCUGUCUGUAUGGACGAAUGUAUCACCUGGAUAAUGAAUGAUCUGCUUUGGAACAGAUGUAAAGGAGAAAAAUAUCAAAUACAUUUAAAUACGAAUCAUUAAAAAAUGCUCUCACCAACACUUGUUUAGCUUUUACACAAUUUGUCUUUCGACAUACAUUACUGCAUCAGUCUUGGACAUCAAUUUCUGAUAUGUUGUCAUGUAGCACUCAAAAUAAAACUCUGUAGGCCUAUAGUCAGUCCAGAAGUUCCGUUUCAUCUCUUCCGAGACUAAAUCGAUAUGUAUUAAAUGGUAUUAGAUCUCGGUGGCCACCUACAGUUCUUGCUUGGAUUGCCUGACUACUCUUAGCAAUAUAGAGGUUAUCAAGGUAGCAGCAGGCUGGAUAGUCUGACUGUCUUACCACUCGUUUGUCUGUUUGAAUUUGUGAUAAUACCUCUGCUUGCACUCUGGCUCUCCGUCCCACAGUGGCCAGCAAAGCAAAGUAACAGAUCACAUGGAGAUUGUAGUAUACUAGAAUUCAAGAAGGCAAACCUUCCUUCUUGCUAUAACACAGUUUUUACAAGCUUGAAAAAUGCUGCUUAAAGCAAUUGUGCGGGUUUCAUGUCCCCCACUCACUCCUUUAGGUAGUUGCUCCAGAUUUUGGAGAAGAUGGAGAUUGUGUUAUGUCAACGAGAGCAUUAAUGAUUCAGUAUCUU